AAAGCCCCACAAUGAUUUGAACAUGUACGAAAACAUACACUUUGGAUAACAUUGAGUGAUUCAUCAAUCACGGCGCGUAUCAGAUUAAUCCCAAACUUGAUAACGCAUAACAAUAAAAAAUCUGUUUACAAGAGAGAGAGAGAGAUUUUUCGGUACCCUUAUCAACAGCGGCAAGUGCCACGGCUUGUGUAAGGUGGUACGUUGCCACAGAUCGACCGCUAUCGAACUCAGUGGUUAUGUUGAUUUAAAGUGGUUAGGUUGUUGGAACCCGAAACAACGGUUCGCAUUUCGUACGCAAGGAUGGGCAGGCUACCUUACUAUUUUCCCCAUCAAAACCAAUACAUCGCAGCAUUAGCAGCUUCCUAUGGCGUACUUACGAUCGGAAUGGUAUUUGGUUGGUCCGCACCGGCAGGACCCCGGAUAUUGGAAGAUGGCGAAGGAAACUUCGAUGUAGCUGAUGAUCAGUUUUCUUGGACUAUUGCCUUUAUGCCUAUCGGUGGUGCAAUAGCUGCCAUACCCUGCGGGAUAAUGCUGAGGUCAGAAGGACGCAAGAAUACCAUACUGUUCUUCGUUUUACCAUUGCUGUUGGGUAAGUUUUUUUUAAAUACACUUUUGUUUAGACCAGUAAAUAUACGUUAUCCAUAUUCCACAGGAUGGGUAUUGCUAACCUGGGCUCAAGCGGUGGCGAUGAUGUAUAUUGGGAGGUUACUGCAAGGAUUUGCUGCUGGCGCUUACUCUAUGUCUGUACCGAUCUACAUCGGGGAAAUAGCGGACCAAAGAAUCCGGGGCACUGUGGGCAGUUUUUUCCAACUCAUGCUAAACCUUGGAAUGCUGAUGUCCUUUAGCAUAUCGGUUGGCGUGAAUGUGUUUCAACUGAACAUUAUAUCCGGAUUUGUUGUGCUACUUUUCGGACCCAUAUUCAUGCUAAUGCCCGAAACUCCGUCCUGUCUGCUUAAACGAGGAUAUAAAACCAAAGCUAUUGAAACAGUGAAAUGGCUGCGUGGUCCAAAAUGUGAUGCUUACACAGAAAUAGAACAGCUUCAAAUGGAACAGGAUGCUUUGCUGAAUCAACCGAAGAAGUCACUGAAAAAAUCACUAUUAACCCCAGAAACAUUGAGCGCACUGCUUGCAAUGAUUGGGCUCGUUACCUUCUUACAAAUGUCCGGCAUUAAUGCAGUGUUGUUUUACGCUACAGAUAUUUUCAUGAAUGCUUCGGAUUCGCUUAACCAUGAGGUGGCUACAAUCAUCGUUGGUGUGAUGCAGGUGUUUGGCACGCUACUUGCAGCCUUUACUGUCGAUCGGAUUGGACGUCGCUGGUUGUUGAUGAUAUCUGCCGUAAUAAUGUGCGCCUCGCACGUCGUCUUAGGAGUGUAUUUCCAGCUGUUGCAGAAUAAUCCAGCACAAGUGGAAAACCUCGAGUGGCUACCGGUACUGGCCCUGUCCGUCUUCGUCACUGUGUUUUCGAUAGGGUUCGGGCCCGUACCCUGGAUCAUGAUCGGUGAAGUGUUUGCGAUUGACGUGAAGGACCUGGCCAGUUCGUUGGCAACAUUCACCAGCUACGCACUGUCGUUUAUGAUGACUAAAACGUUCAAUCCGCUUCGGAAUGGGUUAGGCGAGGCGGGAACGUUCUGGCUGUUUGCCGGAUUCUGCUUGAUUGGUGCAAUUUUUGUCUUUCUUUUCGUGCCAGAGACAAAGGGCAAAACAUUCGAACAGAUACAAAAACGAUUGGCAAGCUCUAAAGUGUAUUACAGGGCAGAAAAAUAAGCGUACAAAUGAUAACUGCGUAAAGCACUUAACAAAAUAAUGUAAAUGCUUUGAAAAGAGUGGAGUUUAUUUUAAUAGAUAGUUAAAAUAGGUAGGAAAUUGAAAUUAGGAUGAACUUGAACAAAGUGUUUAAUAAAUUUUAGAUGCAAUUUAUCACAUAAAAAAG